CGUGUCACUCUCAGGAUUUGUCUAGCGCCGCGCGCCCUCACUGGGGUGUGUUGGGGGGAGUCCUCUAUCCGACUAUCAAAAUGGUUAUCAAAGUGUUUGUGGCCACAUCUUCUGGGUCCAUAGCGAUUAGGAAGAAACAGCAAGAAGUAGUGGGCUUUUUGGAAGCUAACAAAAUCGACUUUAAGGAAUUAGAUAUAGCUGGAGAUGAAGACAAUAGAAAGUGGAUGAGAGAGAAUGUUCCUGGAGAGAAAAAACCGCAAAAUGGGAUUCCUUUGCCUCCCCAAAUCUUCAACGAAGAGCAGUAUUGUGGGGAUUUUGACUCUUUCUUCUCUGCAAAAGAAGAGAAUAUUAUUUUUUCAUUCCUUGGUCUGGCUCCCCCUCCGGGCUCUAAGGUGAAAAAAUCACCUGAGGAAGCAUCUUCCCUUCCCAAUGGCGAUGUAGCAGGAGAGGCACAGAGUGCCACAGAGGGAACAGAGAAGCCUGAAGAAAGUGGAGAAAAUGAACCACAAAAAGAGGACAAUGAAGAUGCAGCCAACCUUGCUGAAUCCCAGGAGAAGAAUGAAGAAGAGGGAGAGACAGCAACGGAAGAGACGAAAGAAGUAACCGAGGAGGGAGCAGAAGGGGAAGCAGAGGAAGAGGAAGCCGAACAAGGAGAAGAAGAAGACGCAGGAGAAGAAGAGGCAGGAGAAGAAGAAGAAGAGUCUUAGGCCUUUUCAUGCUUGAUUUCUUCAACUUUUCCAGAAAACCUAAGGCAUGAAGCAACAUUUCAACUAUCUCCCCACAAACCAAACUCAACAAAAUGCUUUGGCCCAAAGCUAGCACAUUUCUCUCAGUACAUCCGGGGUUCACCAAGGAAUUGUACUAUCAGACAUGUUUAGAUGUACAUGGAUAUAUCUACUUAAUCAUAUCAACAUGAAAUUAAAUGUGAAGAAGACACAUACAUACCUUCAUGUGCCUGGCAUUUUUGGCCUUUGUUUAGUAUUUUUUUUUUCUUUUUGCUCUGCAUGAAUAGGCCUUCUUACUAAUACCCUGAAAAAAAAAGAUUUCAAAAUAUAGAACUUCUCUUUGUGAUAAUGAGAAAAGUAUUCCUUUGUAUGUGCCUUAUGCUACUUGUCUCAGAAUUAGCUUUGAAAAGGAAGAGCGUUCCAGAGAACAGUCAUACAAAUAAAGAUUAAUA